AUGACAUUUGUACGGAACGAAUUUUCUACUAUUUUUCAUCAAGAUAUUUUGUUCUGCAAACCACUUCCAUCCUCGACAAGCGGAAGUGAAAUUUUUUCUAUGCUUGAUGCAUUUUUCAUUGAAAACUCGAUAACAUGGAACAAUUGCAUUGACGUGUGCACAGAUGGCGCAAAGGCCAUGGUGGGUAGUGUUGAUGGCGUUGUUGCAAGGAUCAAAAAAGUUUCACCAAAUUGCACGAGUAGUCAUUGUGUAUUACACCGACAUUCCCUCGCAACGAAAAAAAAUUCCAGUGUUAUUAAAGCAAGUACUUGA